UGCUAGAUCGCAGGCGCAUUUGCAUAGUGGACAACAUGGCGGACAUUUGGAUAGAACACUGUUGAUGUGCAGUACAAAGCGCGACAUACUUAGUUUCUUUAGCUUUGAUGCCUCUCCUACGACAGUAAUUAACAGAGAGAGUUUCUUGGUCAUUUGCGAGGUCAUUCGUCUUGGCAAACAUCAUUGUUUCAAUGUUCCCCAUACGAAGUAUAAGUUAUUGAUGAAGUCAUCAUACAAAGAGCUCGAAGCCCAAUGCUCUUCUCCAAGCGAAAACAUGCUCAGCUAUAAGCUACGGUCGUACUCUUACAAAGUGAAGAUUUGGUUAACAAGCUGUAAGACAUUAGCCGCUAUGAUGAUAGCAUUACUUUUAUUGGGACUUGUCUCAAGAAGCUUAGGGGACUUUAGUUUAUCAAAUAUGUACUCCUUUCGCGAGAAACCCACAGUAUCGUAUCCAAUGGCUUCUCUUCAACAUGGCAUCAUGUUUGAUGCUGGAAGCACUGGCAGUAGAAUACACGUAUUUUCAUUCAGAAAACUACCAGAUGGUACACUUAGCCUAGCUAAUGAAGUCUUCAAACAAGUUAAACCUGGACUCUCAGCAUUUGCAAAUAACCCUAAAAAGGGAGCAAAAACAAUAUAUGAUUUACUACAGAAGGCAAAAGAUGUCAUACCUGUUCAUCAGUGGCAUGCCACCCCUGUGGCCCUCAAAGCGACAGCAGGUUUGAGACUUCUCCCAGUCAAAUCUGCCAAGCAUCUUUUACAUGAGGUAUAUGAAGUGUUCAGUGCUUCUCCUUUCAAUAUCCCUGCCCAUCAGCCCCACUGUGUGUCAAUCAUGGAUGGAUUGGAUGAGGGCAUCUUUGCUUGGGUCACUGUCAAUUUUCUCACAGGAGGCUUUCACAAGAGUGUCAACUCAUUGAUGGGGGCUCUUGAUCUUGGAGGGGGAUCCACACAAGUCACCUUUCAUCCUCUUAUAAAGGCCACGGUGUCUCAGGCUCCUAAAGGUUUCAUUCAGUCAGUUGGAGUAUUUGGUAGUAAAUAUAUUCUUUAUUCUCACAGCUAUCUUGGGCUGGGACUUAUGUCAGCAAGAGGCGCUAUCAUGGCUCAGGGAAACUAUAUGUUAGACUCUCAGGGAGAGAAUGUUAGUCACACGCCUUGUCUUCCUGUAAAUCAAGAAGGCACAUGGAGCUUCGGAGGCCAAACACACAAAGUCAGGGGGCAUUCAAGUUAUAGCUUCGAAUUAUGUCUAAAUCAUGCAAAGAAUUUGGUACAGAAAGUUAACAAGAAUGAUGAGAUGAAUCAGAGGACUUUUUACACAUUUUCAUAUUACUAUGACCGUGCUGUCGAGCUAGGCUUGAUAGAUGAGAAAAAUGGAGGAAUUAUAUCUGUGGAAGACUAUGUUAAAAAAACGAAAGAAGUUUGCUCGUCGACCGAGCUAAGAUCGAAUCCCUUGCUGUGCAUGGACGCCACUUACAUCAUCGCACUACUGAUGGACGGGUAUGGCUUCAAGCAGGACCGCCAGUUGAUUUUGCGGAAGAAGAUAGAUGGUGUGGAACUAAGCUGGGCGCUUGGUGCCACUCUCGACAUGUUUGAUCAGCGUAACAAGAAGACGACCAAGAGCGCGUAGCUUGGGGUACCGCGACGAACCAUAUCGAAAUUUUAUGGACCUGUCCCAUAUGCAAUGUAGAUAUAUUUAGCUAGUAUUUAUGAUCAUGGCAGCCACUAGGAAUACAACAAUUUUUAAUAAUGAGAAAAGUGUUACAUCGCCUUGGGAAGAAUAAAGACUCACUUUUAUGAGAAUUUGGUUGAAACGUCAGCUCUUGUGGACAUUGAUAUUUCGCGCACGCCCUAAUUCGCCUUUAUGUAUUUGAAUGGUAUUUUUGAAUUUCAGCGCGUUGGCGCGAAUAUCUCGACGUUCUGUAUUUUACAAACCUUAAAAAAAAAAAAGAAACAUCUGUACAUCUGUGUGUGAGGGAGGGGGUAGGUAAACAUUAUCUUUUUUCUUGAAUAAAAUGUCAUGCAACA